AUGUUACUGCAGUGUGACACCCAAAAGGUGUUGGACAACGGCAACGCUGGCGGCGCGCACUGUGGCGCAGAGAUUGCAGGUUGGCCCUGCGCACGAGUCGAAAUAGCCGACAAGCCUGUCCUCGCGGCGCGCGUGCUGCGCUGGCGCUCGAUUCCCAGCCGCUACGUGUUCGUUGACGCUCAGGCCGACGGCGAGGAGUGGCAGCUCUGCUUCGCCGUGUCUCAGCUGAGCGCCACAGCCCUUGUCGACGGCGCCCUCCUCCGCUUCACGGGCACCGAGGAGGCCGCUCGGACGCGGCGCGGGCUGCGCGCGUGGCAGUGCGACCGGCUGGUCGAGCUGACACUCUGUGUGCCGUGCGACGCCGCGGAGGCAGGCGGGCCCGCGCCACCGGCGCCGAGCGAGGCGGCGCUCUGCAAGUGGUUUGUGCGCGGCGCGUGCAGCACGGCCAGCUGCCCCUUCCGGCACCAGUUCGCCAACGAGCAUGAGGAGGCGACAGUGCGGGCGACGCGCGAGCGCUGGGCGGCGCAGCGCCGCGCGCACGAGGAUGCGGCCGACCCGUUUGCUGGCGGCGGCGGCGGCGGCGGCGGCGGCGGCGGCGAUGGCGAUGGCGAUGGCGGCGGCGGCGGCGGCGGCAAGAAGAGAUCGCACGCGAAGCGGCACGCCGAGUUUGCGUCGUGGCUGCUGCAAAUAUUUGGUACCGAGGCGCUUCGUGGCGGUGCGGGCGUGCUCGACGUCGCGGGCGGCGGCGGCGACCUGGCGUUCGAGCUGCAGUGCCGCAACGGCGUACGCACGACGCUGCUCGAGCCUCGCGAGGUGCGGUUGGACAGCCGGCAGCGCAGGUGGCUGCGCAAGCAGGGCGAGGGCGGCCUCGGCCCGUACCGCCACAUUCGCGACUUGCUGGACGAACGCUUCGAGGAGAGCGACGAGGGCGCGCGGCUGCUGCGCGAGGCGGCGUGCGUGGUGGGGCUGCACGCCGACGAGGCGACCGAGCCGAUCGUCGACGCCGCGCUCAAGUAUGGCCGCCCGUUUGCCGUCGUGCCCUGCUGCGUUUUCCCGCGCCUUUUUCCGCAGCGCCGGCUCGCCAGUGGGGGCGCCGUGCGCACGACGGCUGCUCUCUGCGACUACCUGCUGCAGAAGGCGCCCGGACUCGAGGCGGGCUUCCUCCCGGUCGCAGGGCGCAACAAGGUCAUCUUCCGCCGCGCCGCCGCGCCACCGCAACCGGAGCGCACCCUGGCGGCCCCGGCGGUGGCCUACAUCCCACAGUCAGUCAGUCGUGCCGAGCUCAGGCACGCGGUCCAGGAGCACACAGGAGGUAAGGACGGUGAGUAA